CCAGGAUUAUUGUUUGGUUGUGCGCCGGUUUGGCGCUGUCGGUGCUGACGCUGGUGGUGGCUUUCGUCGCCUGGACGCUGAUGUCGUACCACGACGCGAUGGUGUCGUUGCAGCAAAGAGUCGCGCAACUGGAAAAGGAUUACGGGGACAUUACACACAAUCUUGACCGGAUAGUGGACAGCAAAGUGGAGCUCUUUCUCGAAGAGCGACUGCGGCAGAAGCGGGACAUCAUGCGGAGGGACGCCGACUGCCGCUGUCCACCAGGUCCCCAUGGCAUGCCUGGUAUUCCUGGCGCUUCAGGUCCUAAAAGGCGACAUGGGCCCCAUGGGACCCAAAGGCGUGAAUGGUUUUCCGGGUCCUAUAGGUGCACCUGGAAAGUCUGGUGAACCGGGGGUGUCUGGACCUAAGGGCGACAAGGGAGAUAAGGGGGAUGAAGGUAUGAAGGGAGAUAAAGGAGAUACUGGUCUUCCAGGCUUUGAUGGUAUGGCAGGGGCACCGGGGCAGAAGGGCAUCAAAAGGUCCAUAAAAUUGGAGGGUCAAACCGGGACACACGAAAUUGUUCAUUUAAAGGGGUCAACGUACGAGGUCAUUACAAUAAAGGGUGAACCUGGUGAACCUGGCCCACAAGGACCAAAAGGAGAUCCUGGUCCACCCGGGCUACCCGGCUUUGAUGGCGUUACAGGACCGCCAGGAAAACCAGGGCCACCUGGACCAGAAGGACCUCAGGGGCCAAAAGGAGAGGAAGGAAAGUCCGGAGAAGCUGGUCCGCGGGGAGAGAAGGGUGUACGCGGUCUAGAAGGCCUCCCAGGCCUACCAGGCCUUCCAGGCAUGCCGGGCCGCAAAGGCGAGGCAGGUAACACUGUCACCAUCAGGACAAACACAACGACUGGACAGGAAAUAGCGGUCCAAGCGACAUCCGGGUUUCCUGGCCCACCCGGUCCUCCGGGCCCCAGAGGUCGACGUGGCAAGACAGCCAAGGCAACCUUCAUAGGCUUCCCUGGCCCCCAGGGGCCGCCUGGCAAAGACGGUGCACCUGGUCUACCCGGAAUGAAGGGCGCCCUCGGGCUGCCAGGUCAGCAGGGUCUGAAAGGUGAGGCAGGUGCGCCCGGCAAGAACGGCAAGGACGGAGCGGAUGGUAUCGUAGGAAAGCCAGGUGUUCCUGGUCUGAAGGGAGAUAAGGGCGAGAUGGGACCGCCCGGUUUACCGGGCAUGAUCGGACCACCCGGCCUUCCUGGGCCUCCUGGGGAGCCAGGUACUGUAGAGGGUGGAGGAGGCAGUGGUGAAGGGCUGCCCGGGCCCCCAGGUCCCCCCGGCCCCAUGGGACCAAUGGGACUACAGGGGCCACCAGGUAUUAAGGGUGAUCGCGGACCUCCAGGCUUGAAAGGUGACCUAGGUACAAAAGGUGAUGCAGGACCCCCUGGUUCCAUUGGCUUGCCAGGAGCCAUUGGUCUACCCGGUAUGAGGGGCCAAAAAGGGGAAGUGGGUGACGCUGGUCCUCCGGGGCCCCCUGGCCCACCCGGUCCGAUGGGCACAGCUGAUGGCCCGUGCGCGUGUCAAAAGGGGGACAAAGGUGAUCGAGGAGAACAGGGUAUUGGGGUACCUGGAGGUCAAGGCCCACCUGGUGGAGAGGGCAAGAGGGGUCGAAGAGGAAAGCGUGGCCGAAGAGGAGAGAAAGGAGAUCCAGGCAUGCCUGGUCUAGAUUCGCCUUGCUCCCUUGACCAAAAUGGCUUACCAUUGCCCGGAUGUGGCGAAACUCGAAGAGCAACAUCUACGAACCUUGAAGGACGAGCCUAUCCGUAGAAAGUGACCACGGCAUCCUGGGUUCGCAGAGGUGUACAUUUCCCAUCACGGGCAUAUAGUGAGACGGGGGCUGCAGCCAGCCCAGUGUGUUUGACAGUGCCGGGAGAUCGGAGGAACAAAUAUUUAUUGUGUGUGGCCGAGCGUGAAUGAGCACAGAAGAGAGAGAGGAAGACUGACUUUUCUGAUAUGCUAUGGGCAACUAUUUGUUGUGUCAAGGAUGGAGCGAGACAUACUGCGAACAGUAAACCCCUUCACCUUCAGAAGAGAGUGCUUGGUAUUCGAGGCUCAACCACGAUUUGCCUGGGAAGCAUACCCAUAGAAAAUAUCUCUUUAUCAAAGAUUAUUUAUGGGGUUUGUUUUACAUUUUUGCGAAAGAAGUACUAGGGCUUAAUCUUCUUUGUUAUCACAAAUGGUAAAAUGGCUAAAUUUGAAUGAACCUGUGACCUGUAGGGUCACUGGUCUCACGUGAUUAGUAGCCUGUCUCCUUUUUGUACUUCACUGAUCUUAUCUUUUUGAACCAGUUAAACCCAAGUAGCCCUGGCAUUGAUAGAAAUAUGGGAGCAGUAAACUAUUGCACGUGAUUUUGUUUUUCAUUCGAACGCUCAAUCCUCUUCCUAACGUCUACAGUAAACUCCCUCAGCUGCUGGUCCCUGUUUUCUACAAAGUUUUACUUUCCUUCUGUAAAUCUGUUUCAGUAAGUUUGGCGGAUCUGUAGACACAGUUCAGCCCGCCACCCACUCGCUUUUGAUGAGUUAUUUAAUUUUCCUUAAAGUACAUGAUACUAAAAGAGUUGUUCCUGAAAGUUGUGAAAGUUAAACAAUUUUUUUUUUUUUUGGAUAUAUCCUAUCGUCCGCCUUAGAAAUUUCUGACAUUUUUUUUUUCGCUGUGUUUGAGAGAAGAAAUGUUAAGUUUAAAAGAUGUUUUUUAUCUGCUCUUUGGAUCAACAACUGUUCAGGAGGCACCUUCUUAACUACUGUUUGGAUGUAUGGAAGAUACGUUAAUAUAUUCCUGUAACUUCUUCGCAGAUUGACUUUCAGAUUUCAUAAUGUUAGCACCUUUCAUUGAAACUUCCUGGAAAGGGUCUACCUGUUCAUUGACCAUACAGUUUGAGUAUAUCAGGAAAAGUACGUUUCCACACAAACGUGUUUCACAGUUUACCAGCAAAUGCCUGAAGUUGUUUUUUGUUUUUUUUAAUUUUUAUUUUGGAAGUGUAGGAAUGUGCACACUGCUGGAAUUAUGAAUGACGUGCCUUCAAAGCCUCAUUUUAUGUGUACAAAUUUUAUGUGUACAUAUUUUCCAAUUUCAUUCAUAUCAUCGGUUCAUCCGCUCAUUUAACCUGCAAUGCCAGUAAUCAAAAUGCCUGUACAUUCAUUGCAUAAAUGUGUAACAUCGGAGUUAUCUGGAUUGAUGUACUUAAUUUUUGUUUACAUUAUCUGUAAAUCGGGUUGCUAAAUAUCGCAUUACGCAUAAGAAUGUACAGAAGUAGUCACCAUAAUUUUUGUCCUGUUAAAUAAGUAAGUAUGUAUAUUUGUAUUUUGCAUUAGAAGGGAAAUACUUUGAUAAUCUUCACCUUGUGUUUGGACCGACACUAUUCUGACGUCAGUCGGCUGCCUGUGCGCCAUCGUGCACCCAAUGGAGGUUUCAGUUGUAAAUGUGCCCAACUGCGAUUGCCUGUAGAAUACUAAAGAUUUCUCCAUUCAGUAGGUUUCCUCCUGCCUGAUGUUUUAAUCCUGCGUGUUAAAAGUGUCCAUUUCUUUACAAAUACAUUUGCUGAUUUCGUGGAACUUCUUGUGUUACGCAGUCGCCUUAGAAAAGAAAGGCCAGUACUUUCGGGACUUUUUAAAAUAAUAUACCUAAACAGCAGCAAUGUGUGACUUCCACUGGCUACUACAACUGAAAAAUUCAUGUUGUCUUCAAUCAUGCGGCAACCUAUCAAAAUUUUAGAAGCCUUUAGAUAUACUUCACUUAUCCUCAACCUGUAUCAUCCUGGUGUCGCUUAUUAGGCUAUGUUUUUGUUAUCUGUUUCUUUUUCUUCUUCUUUAACUUUUCACCCCUGUCGCCACCAUCAUCUUCUUUCUCAUCAUUGUCCUCUAUCAGCGAUAGCAUUCUGCUGAACUAGCUCCAACUUUUUUUUUCUUUGACCUCUGCACCAGUCAGUGUGAAAUCUUUUUAUAUGCGGUCACUCAUGGAUACUUAGUCUUAAAGUAAUCGUUCCUCAAAUUUUUUUUUUUUUUCCAUGCAAACUGCCCAACACUAACACCAUUUUAUGUCAAUUCUAAGAAGUACGCUUAGAGAUUUGUAUUCUUCCUUACUAUAGCGACCAGGAUAAUCAGAGCAAUAGUCAGUUCAUCUAUGUUUUCGAUUCAUGUAAAAACAAAUUGCCUAAAAACAAAUUAUCGUGUGAUAAAAAUACAUUUAAUUAUGGAUACAUUAUGGAGCAUAUGAAAUACAGCACAAACCAGAUGUGUGUGUGAGAGAGAGAGAGGUGUAUGUGUUCGUAGUGUACUUGUUGAUUUCUUGAACUUUUCGCUUGAUACUAUUACUGGCUGUUAAUACAUGGCAAACGUGUAACAAUUUACAAAAUUGUAGACAUUUGUUAUUGAUACUGAGUGGCUCGACUUAGCUUCAUGCAACAGCACUCUUUGCUCGAACCUACAGAAGGCUUAAUUUAAAAGAAGGAAAAUCUGUUAGUUAUUUUUUUUUUAAUGCACGGGAUGUCAAAACAUUUUGUUUUUCUUUACUGUUCUGGAUAAACGAUAGAGUAGGUAGAAGAUCAUCGAGCACUAGAAAGGGUUAUUUCUCUUGUUUUAUUAUUAUUGUUUGUUUACUUGUUUCUCAAUUGUUUAUUCGAGUUUUGCUUUGCCGUUGUCGUCGUAAUGUCAGUAGUUCACGACCUUGACAUCGUCCUUGACCAGCCGUAUGAAUUGUAAAUGUUAUAAUACGUCGUGCUUUUUCUUCUCGGCUGAUAGGGAGCUGUUGUUCAGAUUAUCUGCGGAAUAUAUUACAAACAUGUUGAAGUUAUUGUUAAAUAUGCUUGUCCUAACGUGUUCUCUCGCACGUGUCACAGGGUUCCUUAUCGUUGACUUUGGCAUCGCAAUCGAAAGCGGGUACAGCUCAAAACAACUUCAAAGCUGACAGUUUAGGUCUUGAACGCUCGGUAAAAACAAACUCUUCCGCUUUGUAAUUUCAUUCAUCUGUAUUUUGACGACGACGUAAAAAUAUUUUGAAAAGAUUUUAAAUAUUUGAAGUAUUUGAAAAGAAGUUGCGAGACACCAACAGCAGACGACAUUUGCACGAAUUAAAUCAUGUCAAUGUCACAAAAUGCCCAAGCUGUCUACCUCGGCAAAUCUCGACGAGGAAGGGAGUUGCUAGCUGAAAAGAAAAAGAAUAGUGACACAAGUGUUUGGCAGAGCAGAUAUCUGAUUCGAGUCGGAAACAAAAUAUUUGAGCGCUGCUGCUGUUUCCGCGAUCUAUACGAUUGUGCUAGCUUGUGACAAAGCUGAAUAGUGAUGAUGUUUGGAAAUACAAGCCAAGAUGAUAACUCCAGAUUUUUAAAUUUAUUUUUAACCCCCCCCCCCCCCCAGAGCAGUAUAACAACUUAAAGUCACCUUCAUACAGCACAUUCAAAAUCUUACGAAAAAUAAUUUUUUGCGCACCAGUAAAAUGCUGACCGGAAAUGAGCUCUAUGUGCGUCAUAGUCACGGGAUAAAAAUAGUUUUGACCUCCCCCAACAGAUCACAGCAGUCUGUGUCCCCCCAACUUCCUCCGCCUUUUCUCCCUCCCCAACAAUCCCCUUCCCCAUAAGCUGUCAUCUAGCUGAAGGAACAUCGAGUGGAGAGGCCUUCAUAUCCUAAAAUCGAAGUGCUUGCUGUCUUUAACGACUCUUUAACGACUGUACUUUCAUUUCUGCGCAAAACCAGCCAACCAUCUGUCGCCUUGCUGUGCAUGAGAUGUCCUGCGUUUGAUUUCUUAAUCCACCGCAUAUAAAGAAAACACGUAAAAAUGCGUAGCCAAGCUCGACAUGAAAAAAAAACAACAUUACUGAUAGUUUCAAUUAUAAGGCUACAAGCUUUACUGUUCCUUGAAUCUCUCUUUCUUGUUUGCACGUAGAAGGCGAUAGGCAAGACUUUUGUCAUGAAUAAAUGUGCUGGACGAUUGUCCUGUUGAGAGGGAAGUGAAGGUGUACAAAACAGGAACACUACCAGUGGUUGUACAGAUAUAAUGCGGUCUGAAAUACAGAUUUUCACUGACUAUUGUUGCAUAUAACCAUGUGUCCAGAAAUAAAAUACUGAGGAACAAAU